CUCGAUCACAAGUUGUGAUUCACAACAUGUCUUGGCGGCGCUUCGAUCUCAAUGCCAAGGGCGUGGAGGGCAUCCAGGAGCGCACCAUUGGCGGGGGCGUUGUGACGCUCAUGAGCUGCGUGGCGGUAGCCUUCUUACUGCUGUCCGAGCUUUCUGUCUGGUGGACUGUGAGUGUCACGCAUCGCAUGCACGUGGACACUGACCCACAAGACUUCCCAAUCAACAUCGAAGUGGAUGUUUCCUUUCUCCACGAAGCCUGCAAAGAGGUGGCGAUGGACGUGAGCGACUCUAAGGGCCACAAGGAGAUUAUGCUCCAGAAAGACAUCCAAGAGGAACCUUAUGGAGAGAAUGGCUGCAGACUUUAUGGCACAGUGCAAGUGCAGAAGGUGGCAGGCGACUUGUCGUUCGCUCACGAAGGCUCGCUCACUGUCUUCUCCUUUUUCGAUUUCCUCAACUUUAACUCUUCCCACGUCGUCAACCAUCUGCGCUUCGGUCCGCAAAUCCCAGACAUGGAGACACCUCUGAUCGACGUCAGCAAGAUCCUCACAAAGAACUUGGCAACAUACAAAUACUUCGUGAGUGUCGUGCCAAGUCGUUAUGUGUAUCUGAACGGCAGGUCGGUCACCACGUUCCAAUACUCUGUAACUGAGCACGAGACGAGUUCGAGGGGUCCGAACGGCCAGGUGUCGUUCCCCGGUGUGAUAUUUUCCUACGAGUUUUCUCCCAUUGCUGUCGAGUACAUUGAAUCCAAGCUGUCUGUACUACACUUCCUCACUAGUACCAGUGCCAUCGUGGGAGGCGUCUUCGCUGUCGCACGCAUGAUCGAUGGUGCAAUCUACAGUGUCUCCAAGAAAGUCGAUUAGAUAAACUUACGUCGGCAAUAUACAGCUGCCACAAGUACACUGAAUAGCUGGAUAUGUUGCCACUA